UUCUUUGCUUUUCGCUUUCUUUCUUCUCCUUCUUCUUCCCCAAGAACCCUAAAUAUAUUUUCAUAUUUUCUGGAUGAUUGUGAUCGGAGGAAUUUAAACAUCUGCUCAUCUGAUCGAUCAGAGGAACUCAGUUUCUCAUAGCCAAAAUGAAUCUGAGUGAGAAGAGAAGAAGUGAAGAAGAAGAAGAGGAUUGGAUAGAAAGGCUGCUGAAGUCAGAGUUCUUUGGGAUAUGUAUGGAUCAUAAGUAUCUAAGGAAGAACGAGAAGAAUGUGUUUUGCAUUGACUGUAACGUGGAGAUAUGUAGACAUUGUUGCACAAGUUCAGAAGCUGCUCAUCUCCUCCAUCGUCGUCUCCAGAUCUGCAAAUACGUUUAUCAAGAUGUUCUUCGUCUCCUCGAUAUCCAACACUACUUCGACUGUUCCGAGAUUCAGACAUAUAAAAUAAACGGAGAAAAGGCAAUACAUUUGAAUUCAAGGCCACAAGCAAAAGAUGCAAGACCUUCUACAAAAUCCAAGAAUGGAGCUUCUUGUGUCACUUGCAAAAGAUAUAUUCAAGAUCGUCCUAAUCGCUUUUGCUCCAUCUCCUGCAAGCUUGCAACUCCUUCAAAAAAGCAUAAAUUUUGUUUUUCUCCAAGAUUGGAACAAAGUGUUUUGGAGAAGGAGAUUUCUAAUCAAGAGGGAAGCUUAGAAGAAAAAAAAUCGUGCACAUCAUCGUCUCUCACCGAUGUUUCAGAAGAUUCAGAAAUUUUGUUGAGUAAUUUUUCAUUGAGACCACUCAUGAGAAUACUCAAGAGAAAAGGAAUUUCUCGAAGAUCUCCUCUUUAUUGAUUUCUUUUUUUUUUCUCCAUCAAAAGUGACAAUACAUUAUGUGUAUUUUAUAUUUGCAACAAAAAAAAAAUAUUAUAUUGGAUAUUAAUAUUAUGUUUAAAAGUUAAUAAGUUUUGAA